CCACGAAGCUAAAACAUCGACGCGCGCCGGUGGCGACACAGCAUUGACAGCGACCGGCUGCGACAGAUUCUCUCUGUCCUUCUCUAACGCCAUGCCUGCAUCGAGGAUGAUUGUGAUCCCCCUUCCGGUCGUUCCGGCCGCUCGCUCGACAAUCGCUCCUCCCAAUGAUGGGCAGCGACUCAACCUCCUUCCUCCCUUCAAGCCUCAUGCAGGCAGCGUGACGAGACAGGAACUAUGGGACGUGUGCCAUGUCGAGCCGUUUGCCCUGCUGCCUCGCAUGCUCAUCCCCAUCCCUGCUGCAAUCUACAGGCCACCAACGAUGCACUACGGAUGGUCUGCUCCUAGGGAGACCCUUCUGGCCUAUGCGAAGGAACACGGCUUGACCCUGAUGAUGCACAGGCGCAACCCACCGCUUCCUGACGAAUCGGACGGGGAGAGUAGCGACGAUGACGCUAGCGACUCAUCCACUGACGACGACACGGAGGACACUGGAAGUGACGAUGAUGACUCUUCCAGCAAGAGAGGCGACGAGUCAGAUGGGAGUGGCGCAGUCGUUGUCGAGAGGACUCGCAAGCCGUUGCUGCCGCUCUUCCUGAAAGCGCACCGGAUCGACGAACCUGCGUCAAUGGUAGCUGCCUUGGAACAUAUCUCCACUCAGCUAUCGAAGGACGGUUUGCGGGUGGCGACUUUGGAUCUGCACUCCACACUUCAGCACGGCGAGGGCGAGCAGCGGAUCAUAUCAGUCUACUCGAACUUCCAUCUCCUUCGCAAAGACCUCCCCUCGCCUGAGGAUAUCCGGAAGCUCGGAGAGGCCGUGGGGAUCACUGCACCGCCGAAGUGGUACAUUGAUUCGGACAUGUACGAUUGGUACUUAAUCAGGGAUCCGUACAGUUGGUGA